AUGCUUCGUGUUGCAAUAAUCAGAUCAGCUCGCCAGGUAUUGGCUUCGACGUCGACAGUGUCCAGAAUAAUUGUUCGCCCGUCGAUGCAAAUUCCCUUUGUCUCUAAAUCGCCAAUCGUACGGAGUCCCUUUCAAGUAACAAGAUGCUACUCAGCUUCUGCGGCCCUUACAGAAGAAGAGAUUCAGGGAAGAAUAGUUGACCUAUUAAAGAAUUUUGAUAAGGUAUUUAAUCACGCGAGCUUUCUCUCACCGACAGCACACUUUUACAACGACCUUGGUUUAGACAGCCUCGACACCGUGGAGGUUGUCAUGGCUAUCGAAGAGGAGUUCAGUAUUGAGAUCCCAGACAAAGACGCGGAUGGUAUUCAUAUUGAUCAUGCUGUGAAAUAUAUUCUUGCACAACCUGAUGGUAAGCUUAUCCGCCAACUCGCUCUGACAUGA